AUGAAAAGUAAAAGAGAGAAGGAGGGAGGAGGGGGAAAUCGAUUCACCGUCUGGGCCGAAGAUGGUGAUCAGAGCGCUAGUGCCAAAAAGAGAAGAGACCACUCAAGUCAGUACUAA